AAGCGAUCACACGUUGGUAUCACAGCCACUCUGCAGUACACCUUGAUAGCGCCACCAUCUUGGCACGACCUCUGCUUGACCUCUUUUUUUUUUCCAGAAUGGAGAACGUGUACGAGGACCCUGAUCUCACCACCUACCAGAACCAGUCGUCAGCCGUGUACGAGGCGCCUGACGUCUCAGACCUGACGGCUCACUACGAGACAUUUGUGGAAGCUGCAGGAGAAAUACCUGACCCUCCUUCUCUCCCUCCACCUCACCCGCCAUCAGAGGAGAGGCGAGGGAGUUCCUCCUCUUCCUCCUCGUCCUCAUCGUCCUCUUCCUCGUCCUCCUUGUCCUCACAUGCUGGAGAUGAAGAGGAACAGAAGACGGAGGAGAAAGAGGAAGUUGAAGAGCAAAGGAUAGAUGUGGAGGAGCGCAUCAGAGAGCUGAAUUGGGGGAGGGGUUCCCCAGAGGGGGUGUUGGAAAGGAAAGACUCCUCCUCUUCCUCGUCCUCUUCCUCGUCCUCUUCAUCGGCUUCUGAGAAGGAUGUACCUGAGGAAAAGGACACAAAUAAAGUCACGCUUUAUGUGAAGGCUGGAAUCGAUGGGGAGAGCAUUGGAAACUGCCCCUUCUCCCAGCGCCUUUUUAUGAUCCUCUGGCUGAAAGGUGUAGUCUUCAAUGUCACCACUGUGGACCUCAAGAGGAAACCUGCGGACCUUCACAACCUGGCUCCAGGGACUCAUCCACCUUUCCUCACCUUCCAAGGGGAAGUUCUCACUGACGUCAACAAAAUCGAGGAGUACUUGGAGGACAGGCUGGCUCCACCAAAAUACCCCAAACUUGCAGCAAAGAACCGCGAAUCCAACGCAGCUGGAAUCGACAUAUUUGCCAGGUUCUCGGCUUACGUCAAAAACACAAGCCCGGCUCAAAAUCGAGCACUAGAAAAGAGUCUAGAGAAGUCCCUGGCAAAGCUGGACGACUAUCUAAACAGUCCGCUGCCCGACGAGGUUCAGGACGGACAGCACAGAGGCGACGGAGUAUCCAACCGCAAAUACCUGGACGGAGACGAACUGACGCUGGCUGACUGCAAUCUCCUGCCCAAACUUCACGUUGUCAAGGUGGUUGCAAAGAAAUACAGAAACUAUGACCUCCCGUCUGAAUUCAGAGGGUUGUGGCGUUACCUUGGCAAUGCCUACAGCCGCGACGAGUUCACCAACACAUGCGCAGCAGACAUGGAAAUUGAGCAAGCCUAUAAGGACGUAGCAAAGAGGUUGGGAAAAUGAAUGCCUCUAAUUAACACUCACUAUUGUCCCUAAUCUCCUUUUUAAUACUAAUGUACUGAAUGUGUUUAAAUAAAAAAACAUAGUUUUAAAGGGGAUGUUCUAAUUAUUAAAGACCUUGUAAUCAUGUAAUCACAAUUUAGCUACAAAGUAACUGAGCAUGCUCAGAUUGGAGGUUGGGGUCAUGUUUUUAACUGCUUACCAUUAACGCAGGAGGUAAAUUCAAAAGAUUAUUGGGUUUAAAUGUGUUUUUCUGCUUUAAUUUAAGUUGCAAUCAUUUGAUGUCUGGCUAACGAGCUAACUACUUAGCAACCUUGUUUUAAUGGCCAUUGAGCAAAUUGGUAAUUAUCUGUUCUAGGAUGUGGACAUAUUAGCAUGUUCCAUCUAGCACCUGGAGUUUUCAGUAUCUUUGUAGUAUUAUCCAUGUCGGCUCUAUGUAUGCCAAAUAGAUCAGUUAGCCCUCCCCUUCAAAUCCUUUCCUUUCCCAGUGUUAUAAGAUAAAUUUAUUUUUUUGGUAAUUUUAAAAUAGUACAGGACAUAAGCUACACUGCCACAGGGGCCUGUGCUUGAAGAUUAAAUCUUUCCUUAUCAUACUUUAACACUGGGACGAACAAGCUAGCACGGGGAAAUGCAGAAUUAGCCUGUUUCUUAUAGAAUUAUAUCCCAUCGUUUAAUAUCAAUUGAACGUUUAAGAUCCCUUUUACAGUAUUUGUGUUUUAGAUGAGUUGACUAAAAGCUUUAAAGUCAGCGAGAGAAAGCUUUUUCAAGAGCUGGCUAAUAAUAACGCUAGCUGCUAACUAGCCAAAUUUGCCAUUUAAAGAAACAAUAUGUAACUUUUCCAGCUUGAAUAGUACAACAACUUUAAACAGGGGAAAAGCAAGCGACAGUGCCUUGUAGAGCGACAGAGAGGAAAAUAGAAAACGGGGUAAAAACAUUGCGCUGCGUCACGCUGCGUCCUCCGCAGGCAGUUUGAUGCUGACGCUCGCUCGCGUCGCAUGCUGUUAAGACACGGUGUAACCUUUGGUGGGCACCAAAGCCAGCCAAAGCAAAGUCCUACAUAUUGUUGCUUUAAGCUUGCAAAGUCAAUGGUAGACGGAUAGAAAUGGGAAUCCUGCGUUUGUCAUUAUUUGUCUGAAACCAGCAAAAUAUUGUUUAAAAAAAAUAACCAGGAAGUUUAAGCAGGGAAUUUCUUUUUCUGCUCCUACCAUUGUGUCCUUCAUUUGUGUUGUGUAAGAAUGAAAUGGGAAACAGUCAAUGACAGACUAUUUCAAUUUGAGGUCAUUCAUUUGAUUUACUGCGAUGCAGAUUAUUUUUUCUUCUGUACACUGAUCGUCUCCUUACUUUUGCUUUCCCAUUAAAGUUUCUCAACUUCUGCAUCACCUAAUAAAAAAAAAUAAAAAAAAUUGUCAAUCAAUACCUGAAAUAAUUACAGUCGCAUUGUUUCAGCUUAAAAACAAAACAACGAACCAAGUUUACACCCCCUGUUGUGUUGUCUUGUUAUUACGAGCAAACUGAGAAUAUGUAUAAUCACGAGUGCCUUAGAGGAAAUCUGCUCUGCCUUCAAUGUCUGUAAAGUAAAUGAUGUUUGAAUAUAAUAUGAAUGUCAUAUGCCUUGUACUGAUCAUUUAAACAAAGUAUUGCUGAAGUGGAUUGUGGCUAUAUUCAUAUUCUUUCUGAUAAUUAGAACCAUGAACCCACUGUGUUUACGAUGUCACUUAUUUGAAUAAUAAAUCUAUUUUCUCAGAGA